AUGUCUGGAUACGAUCGCGCUUUAACAGUAUUUUCUCCUGAUGGCCACUUGUUUCAAGUAGAAUACGCUUCAGAAGCUGUUAGAAAGGGUACCUGUGCUGUUGGUGUCCGUGGAAAGAACGUUGUUGUUCUCGGCGUUGAAAAGAAAUCAGUAUUGAAGUUGCAAGAUGCUAGAACUGUCCGCAAGAUUUGUAUGCUUGAUGAUCACAUCUGUAUGGCUUUUGCAGGUUUAACUGCUGAUGCCCGUGUCUUGAUCAACAAGGCUAGAACUGAAUGCCAGAGCCACCGUCUGACUGUUGAAGACCCCGCAUCCGUUGAAUACAUUACGCGCCAUAUCGCUCAAGUCCAACAAAAAUAUACCCAAAGUGGUGGUGUUCGUCCCUUUGGUAUCUCUACACUAAUUGUCGGUUUUGAUAACAAAGAACCCAGAUUGUACAUGACCGAACCAUCUGGUAUCUACACUGCCUGGAAGGCAAAUGCUAUCGGCAGAAGCUCCAAAACAGUUCGUGAAUUUUUGGAAAAGAAUUAUGGCGAGGAAAUGGAUGAGAAGGAUACCAUCAAAUUAGCUAUCAAGUCUUUGUUAGAAGUUGUCCAAACAGGUGCCAAGAAUAUUGAAAUUGCAGUGAUGACAUCGGAUAACACUGUCAAGCUCUUGGAACAGGAAGAGGUUGAAAGUGUCGUUGCAGAGAUUGAAAAGGAAAAGGAGGAAGAGGCCGAAAAGAAGAAGAAGCCUGCAGUCGCAUCAGGAGGCAAUUAG